ACUUUGUUUUUGUAAUUUGUUGUGUUGUGAAUGGCUAUACUUGUUAUUAGAACGUAGUGAUUAUAUGCUCUUUGCUUGUUAUGAGUAGCGAGUUCCGUUCUCCCACUUUAUGUCGUUAAAUAAGAUUAGUAAUAAUAGGAGAAGCACAUAGUAUUUGUGUAUUUAUUUUACUCUUAAAGUCACAUUUACCCACUUUAAUGUAAAAAAUGGAGUCAAUGGAAUUUGUUGAACCAACACCAGAAGUCUUGCAAAGGAAACUGUAUUUUCUAUUGGAACAACUACAGGAUAUGGCCAGGGAGCUCCCACCAAAGUACCAGAUGCGAGUUCCCAUUGAGCUUCUCUCUGGGCUAGCUAACUGUCUUUUGAACGACACUGUUUUUGAAAUAGUCAAAGGCUUAAUGGAAAUACAACAUGUGACUGAAAAACAUUUGUUCCAGCAAAGGUUGCAAAUAAUAAGUAGACAUACAUUGGAAAUUCAAAAUAUGGUCAAUAGUACUCCAAAUCAAGAAGAAUUAGAAUUGCAGAGGGCAAUCUUAUUAACAAAACACAAAGAAGAAAUUAAACAAACCGAUAUGAAACUUGUUAUCCAGUUGGAUCAAAAAGUGAGCGAUCAACAAGUGACACUGGAAAAAGCUGGAGUGCCAGGGUUUUUUGUCACAAAUAAACCUAUUGAAGUUAAAGUGCAAAUGUAUCUUCUAGAUUUCAUAUUGAGGCUAAGCAAGAUGGAUAUUCCUUAACAAUUGUUUUUUUUUUUUAUUAUAAAAGAAAUCAAAUUGUAAAUCAAUAUAAUUUUUCAAUGAAAAUUAUAUUACAAUACACAUUGCAUGUACUUAACCUAUUGACCGCCACAGUCGGCUCUGGCCGUCAUCGGAAAGUCUUGCCAAGGACGCCAACGUAGGCUACAGCCGACAGCUUCGCCAAUUCAAUAGGAAAUUUCGCGGAACUCCAUAAAGUUCAGUUUCGCUUAAAUAAUCGCGUGUGCCUGGCGUCCGGGGCGCGGCAUAUUCCUUCGCCGUCUGGCGUUCAAGAGGUUAACAAUAAAAAAAAGCUAUUUGCUUUUUGCCCUUACCAUACCAUAUUCAAGCACACUGGAAAUGUAUACCUCUUAUUUCAAACUUAUGUAUUGCUUUGAUGCACUGUGACUUGUGUAUAAAUUUGGUGAUUAUAAAAAGUUGUAUAUGUAUAUUGACAUCAUAAAAAUCUAGUUAACAUGUGAAUUAUGUUAACACUUCCUGAACUCUGUCAGAAGCUCAAAUGUUGUAUGAUGUUGGAUAAUUUGUAUAUUUUAUUUAGGUAAUAAAAUAUUAAUACAA